AUGGCAGCCACAGAAAACUUCCCAGUGGGGAAGCGGCCUAUAUUUAGUGUCAAUCUGCUGCAGGAGUUUCGACAGAGUUCCACCCCACUGGGGGCCGACUCGCCAUUCCGACAGCUGCAGCAAUCGAAUCGGGAAGCAGAAUGGAGCUACGACGGCUCUCAAGGACACAGGCUUGUUCGUUGCCAUAACGACGCUCACAUGUCUGCCGUAAUCGAACGGCUGAUCUGGUCAGCUGAAGGGGCUGAGUUACGACGCAGAAUCCCGCUUGAUGGCACUCAUGGCUUUCCGAACGCGGGACCCGAACUGAUUACAGUUGCUAAAGGGCCGUACACCGGCGUGGUGAAGCUGCAGACGAUGCGCUGCCUGUUCGAGGCGUACGAACACGUCCUGUCUCUGCUGGAGAGAGUCUUCACCCCGAUGUUCUGUCACAGCGAUGAAACACGAAAGUGGCAUCGAUCUUUUCAAUUGAUCUUCUUGUUUGACUCUCAGAUGAAAGAUGUGCGGGCCCAGUUGGUGGAGCAGCAGCGAUGUCUGGAGCAGCAGACCGAGAUGCGAGUUCAGCUGCUUCAGGACCUGCAGGACUUCUUCAGGAAGAAGGCCGAGAUCGAAACGGAAUAUUCCCGAAACCUGGAGAAGCUCGCCGAGAGGUUCAUGGCCAAAACGCGCAGCACGAAAGACCAUCAGCAAUACAAAAAGGAUCAGAACCUGCUCUCUCCGGUGAACUGCUGGUACCUGCUGUUAAACCAGGUGAGGAGGGAGAGUAAGGAUCACGCCACCAUCAGCGACCUCUACCUGAACAACGUCAUCAGCCGCCUCACGCACAUCAGCGAGGACUCUGCUCGCCUGCUGAAGAGGAGUAAGGAGAUAAUCUUUCAGCUUCAGGAAGACCUCAUGAAGCUCCUGAAUGAGCUUUACACCGUAAUGAAGACAUAUCACAUGUACCACGUGGAGACGAUCAGCGCGGAGACAAAGCUGCGGGAGGCGGAGCGCCAGGAGGGACGUGUGAAGGGCGUCUCGGGGACGGGCGGAGGGGUGGAGCCCGUGUUCGGCCUGCGGAUAGAAGAGCGCCACCAGAGGCGCAACGCCGCCCGCAAGAUGGAGAAGAUGAGGGAGAAGAGGAAGGCAAAGUACUCAGAGAACAAACUAAAGACUCUUAAAGCGAGGAACGAGUAUCUGUUGACUCUGGAGGCCACAAACGCCUCCGUGUUUAAAUACUACAUCCACGACCUGCCCGACAUCAUAGACUGCUGUGACCUAGGGUACCACUCCAGUCUGAGCCGGGCUCUGAGGACCUACCUAUCAGCCGAACUGAGCCUUGAAGCCUCCAGGAGGGCGGGUCUGGAGGUGCUGGAGGGCGCCGUGGAGGGCCUGGACCCUGCCCGCGACAGGCAGCGUCUGCUGGGCCUCUACCCCACUGCCUUCUGCCCCCCGCAGCGCUUUGGCUUCCAGGCCCACAUGGGCGACGCAGUGACCCAGAUUGCCUCCCAGCCACAGGUCCAAGCUGAGCUCAACCUGCGCCUCACGCAGCUCCAGACCCGCCUGGCGUCCCUGAAGAUAGAGAACGAAGAGGUGAAGAAGACCUGGGGUGCGACUCUGACGACCCUGCAGGACAUGACGGUGCUGGACGACUAUGACGUCUCCCAGAGCUUCACCCACAGCCCGUCCUCCGAGUCGGUCAAGUCCAGCGUGUCGGACGGCUACUUGAACAAGCCGAGUCUGGCCAAGAGACGGGCCAACCAGCAGGAGACGGAGCUCUUCUACUUCAAUAAAUUCCGCGAGUAUCUGGAGGGAAGUAAUCUAAUUUCCAAACUGCAGGCCAAACACGACAUAUUGAAGAAAGCCUUAGCAGAGGGGUAUAAAUCUGAACUACUGACUACCAGUCGUGGGCGGAAGAACUCCCAUAGCAAGCAUCAGGAUUCAACCAAAGCCAUACCCUUGCUUGUGGAGAGCUGCAUCCGCUUCAUCAACCUACAUGUUUCAAGUCUUGUUCCUAGCCUUUCCCAGUACAGCGAUGAGAACAUGAUGGAUGCUGGGAACCUGGCCAUUGUGUUCGGCCCCACCCUCCUGCCCACACCGGACACCCUGGACCAGGUCGCCUGUCAGGCGCACGUGAAUGAGGUCAUCAAAACGGUCAUCCUGAACCACGACAACAUCUUCCCAGACACGAAGGAGCUGCCCGGGCCGGUUUAUGAGAAGUGUAUGACUGGAGACCAGUACUGGUGA